AUGAAUAGACCACUUCUAGGUAUGCGGCCAAACCGCAACCGGGAACGUAAUCGACCCCGUACACAACACCAGGACGCACUUCAGCAAAUAAAGUCGGGAUUGAUUGCCUGUGCUGUGUUAUCCUUUUGUGCAAUAGUCAUUAUCUUUGGUCUAUGUCGUCGUUGGGCUGACAACCACACUCCCAUCACUUCUCCUGAAGCUCCUCACGACCCGCACUUCGCGUUCGACAUGUACAUCGAUCCUAGAGAUCCAUCUCAGGGAUCUUUUGUACAGAAUUUCACUUACGAUUUGAGAUAUUGGCAAGGGUCAGGGUCACCUAUUAUACUGCAUCAAGUUCCACGAUGGUCGCUCUCCCGUGAGGGUUGGCAGCACACGAUCGAGCUCGCGCACACUGAACCUCUAUUUUAUGCUAUGCAACUCGGGGCCGCUGUCAUUUAUACCGAUGGUCGCGACUUCGAUGCGCCCAAAGAACUCACCUUCAGUAAAGCAAAUCAAUAUCGUAUUUGGAGGGAAUAUUCCCAGGAUGUCCUGAAUUUCGGAAUGAAUGCUUCGCUUCCUUUUGACUCCACGGGAGAUAGCCGGCCUGAUGUGUCUCCAUGGAUAGUUACCGGUUGUGCGAAGGAAAAGGAGCGGGCAGGCUUAUAUGAUAUUACGGUAUCGCGACCUACGUUUUACGGCACAAGCACAUCUGUGGGAUUCCUGGAUGUAGCCCUGGAGUUUUGUAGUGAGCCGACCGAUACUGAUCAGAAAUUCCACUUCUACGACUAUGACAGGAGAAUGGCUCCUUUGUUCAGUAUGAUAGAUUUCAUUGCCGACCAGAAAUAUAUGAUGAAGAAUAUGGCUGGCCCGAGUUUUUGA